AUGAACAGUGGUAUCUAUCCCAGCUCAUUAGACAGCUCGAGGCCAUUUUUGAUCUGGCUCGAGCCUAUUUUGAGCUUGCCAAGGAUUGAUGAUACUGUUUAUCAAGAUUUUCAGGGAGAGCCUAGUUCAAUAAGGUCUUAUUGGCAGGAAAGGUUGAGUUCGGAAAAUGAGACCAGAUGGUCCCAGCAGCCUAUGAGAUGA